AUGCCUGAUAGAGUUCAGGUCGAAGGAAAUGUGACUCUCCGUCUGAUGGCACAAGGGAUGCAAUUGAACAACAAUGCCAUGCUUUUCGAGUAUCAGAAGGUCUUCAACCUAUACAGCUUCACGCCUCAGUCAUUCUUGGCGGGAUACGAGGUGAAUGUGACCAUCAUUGGGUCUGCAUUCAUGAGAUACUCUGAGUACCAAUGCGUUUUAGGAAAACAUGAGGUUCGUGCCGCAUGGCUGUCCUCAUCAUGUUUGGUAUGUAAGUCAGGGAUCCACCGAGAGGCAUCAUGGAUCGCCUUGAGCAUCUGCACGGGCAACAUUUCACAAUCUUGCGUCGUCAUGAAGCACAAAGCUCGCGUUUCCCCCAGGCCUGAAGUACAGAGCAUCAAACCAUCCAAUGGGCCAUCGCUCGGUGGGACGAGAUUGACGAUCUUUGGAAAAUACCUUGAUUUGAUCAAUGCCAAGUGCACUUUUGGAUUUGCAGAUCCGGGGAUCGAAAGCUUUGGGUAUGGGUUUGAGCUAUGGGAGUACUUAGGUCCCUUGACGUAUACAUUCAUCAGCGAAACUACAAUUCUUAGUGCAAGCCCAACUUAUGCAGUCUUAUGCAAGAAUGAAGCGAUCACGGUGCAUGGAUUCAACUUCGACGCAAAAACAAGCUCGUGUUACAUGAAUGAUAUGAGGACAACACUACGACUUCUGGACCAGUACACUGCUAUUUGUACUUUGCCUUGUCUGGAAGAAUUUCUGGGUAGAAUAGUACUGAGGGUCUGUGCACAAGGAUACAAUUGUUCAAGCUCUUUCGUGAAUCUUCAAACCCAACUCAGCAGCUCCCCGAUAGCUAUCUCACCGACAAGAUCUCCACUCCAAGGAGGUAUUCGUAUUAGACUAGAUGGAGAUUUCAACAAAGACAAGUAUAGCAUAAAUGUCAGUUUAGGGCAGUUUUCGGUAUCAGUCACGAAGAACAGAUCUAGCAAUGGAUUGUAUGAGUUCUUCUCACCGCCUCAGAGUGUCACAGGCGUCUUCAACUUUUCUGUGAGGAUACCUGGAUCUGCUUUCGAGAUUGGUUCCUUUGCACUUGAGUACUACUCCUAUGCAGAAGUCACUAGGUUGAUACCGUCCUGUAGCUGGCUCCGGGAUAGUUUCAAGCUAACCUUGGUUGGUUCAAACUUUUUAGAUCAAACUCAUUGCCAAGUUGGAGAUUUCAGCAUUUCUGGUACUUCUUUCAUUUCCUCUAGCCUGAUCAUAUGUCCGGUUGCAGCAUUUCAUAGUUUCAAACCGUAUGCUGAAGUGGAAGUGAAGCUUCUAAAUGAUGGGAUCUCGAGUUGUUGCUAUGCUAAUCAUUCAAUAUUCUACUACAAGCAACAAUGCCUCAUUUUGCGGGUCCAUCCUGCCGUUGGCGGUCUACUUGGAGGCCAGUCGGUGCAGCUUACCUUGAGCACAGAACUUGACGUCGAGGGCUCAGUGGUUUGUCAAUUUGGAAAGAUACAGGUUUCUGGAUCUAUGCUCUCAUCGUCCGUUGUACUGUGCGUCAGUCCACCGUCAGAGAAUGCAGCAAAUGUGUCAUUGAGUAUAACCAUCGAUGGCAUCAUCGUUGCAACAUCGUCAGAGGAAUACAAGUAUGUAGAUCUUGGGAUCAUAAUCUCGGCAGACCCAAGCUGUUGCAUCUCCAACGCUGGUAGGUGUAUUGUUUACCAAGCAGCAGAUUUGAGUAAGCCCGAGGCCGUGAGAUGCUUGAUUGGCAAUGAUACAGCUCUUCCCUUGAGCAUUUCCUCAACCUCCGUAACUUGCACAGUGCCGCCAGCUUCAUCUCAAGGCACGCAGAUGGGUAUCAUGGAAGGCACAACCAUUCUGAGCGGGAAUGGACUGAAAUAUUCCAGAAGUCUAAGUUGGGCAGUACACUUGAUUCAACCAAGCAGUGGUCCUUUCGCCGGUGGUGAAACUGUCUCUGUAAUUGGCCUUGGUUUUUGCAAACACGACAAAUGGUUAUGCCGGUUUGGCGCGAAAUCGGUUGGUGCAAAGUACAUGACAUCAAGUUUGAUGCACUGCAUGUCCCCAAGUGCACCCAGCAGGUCAGAACAAUGGUUCGAUGGAAGCUCUGUAUCCCUCGUUGUGGAUUCUGAAAAUAUCCCGGGGGCCAAGCAGAAAUUUUCAUACCGCUACGUGACUGAGGUCCAUGUUUCCUCCUUUUUCCCAUCUAGAGUAGCAUCACGGGUUGGAACUUCCAUAUCCAUGAUCGGUGUGGAAUUCAUGAGCACGGCGAGAAUUCAUGUCUUGCUCAACGGAGCUCAUGCCGCGGGUUGUACCGAGCUACAGUAG